CGAGCUCCAUGCACGCGAUCUCGAGGCUGUCCUCGUUCAUAUACACUGAGCAGUGUUGUAGCUGCGAGAUACGUGUACGCAUCUACAGGAGGAGCUCGAGAGAUCGCGUUGCUUGACAUGUCAUCUGAAAGCAAGACGUCAAGCCUGGACAGUGGACAGUGGACACUGCAUCUCGGCCUGAUCAUAGGCUGAUACUAGCACUAGUACACUUUCGGCCGUCAAGCUCAGGCUACUACGUCCUACUACGUUGCUCAUGUCCUCCACGCGUCGCUUUAGAGCUUCUGAUCUAUUUGAAUUCAAUCGCGUGUAAGCUUCUAAACAUAUCAGGAUCUCAGACUGUAUCUGCUCAAUUCAACCAAGAUCGAGUGCUAAUGACCAGUAUAAUAUCUCCUUCUAUCUCUCUUAUCUUGCUCGUUGGCCAAGUCUAUUCUCAACCAUCCUCUCUCCCGAUGGCAAAGUCAUGGGCUACAGCAAGUCAUCUCGCCCCGUUCUUCUUUGCUAACGAGCUAGUCAUGGGCAAGACUGAAGGCCGAGGCAAGGAUUGGCACGGUCAUGUCACAGCAGUCACAGUCGCACCACCGUAUCGCCGUCUAGGUCUCGCUAAAAAGAUGAUGCGUUUACUAGAACACGCCAGUGAAGCGCAAGAUGCCUUCUUUGUCGACUUGUUUGUACGCUCCAGCAACGCUCUGGCCAUUGACAUGUAUCGAUCAUUCGGUUAUGUCGUGUAUCGACGCGUUGUCGACUACUACAGUAGUAGUAAAGGUCCCAAUGAAGAUGCCUUCGAUAUGCGCAUCCCAUUAAAACGCGACGUCGACAAGGAAAGCAUUCACGGGCAUGGCGAGGAUAACCGCAUCGAAGCGGAUGCAUUCCCAGACUAUAGCAUCUAGUGUACAAGAAAAGUCUCUCUUUACUAUUGAAA